AUGGUUCACUUCACUUCCGUCUUCGCUGGGCUGUCGCUCGUAGCUGGUUCUCUUGCCGCGCCCUCCAAAGAAGGUCUCUUCUCCAAGAUUACCAAGCGGGCUGGUACUCCCAACAGUUCCGGUACUAACAACGGAUUCUACUACUCCUGGUGGAGUGACGGCGGUGCCGAUGCUACUUAUACCAACGGUGAGGGAGGUUCUUACUCCAUGGAGUGGAAGGAUGGUGGUAACGUUGUCGGUGGUAAGGGAUGGUCUCCUGGAAAGGCCCGAACCAUCUCGUAUGAGGGAGAGUACAAGCCCAACGGCAACAGCUACCUCUCCGUCUACGGCUGGACCCGAAACCCCCUCGUCGAGUACUACAUCGUCGAGUCCUUCGGUACCUACAACCCCUCCAGCGGUGCUACCAAGAAGGGUACCGUUGAGGCUGACGGCAGCACCUACGAGAUCUUCGAGACCACUCGAACCAAUGCCCCUUCGAUCGAUGGCACUCAGACCUUCCAGCAGUACUGGUCUGUUCGCCAACAGCAUCGCUCCACUGGUAGCGUCGACACUGGUCUUCACUUCGAUGCCUGGGAGAAGGCUGGCAUGAAGCUUGGCACCCACGACUACCAGAUCCUCGCUACUGAGGGUUACUUCAGCAGCGGAUCUUCUCACAUGACCGUUUCCGAAGGAGCUUCUUCCGGUGGCGGCGCCGGUGGUUCUACUGGUGGUGACGCUUCCCAGGGCGGUGAUGCCUCUCAAAGUGGAAACGGUCAGCAAGGUGGCGAUGGAAACUCUUCCCAGCAGCCUGGCAGUGAGAACCAACCCCAGCAGCAAGAAAUUGACACUGGUGCUAACGAGUCCUGCCAAUAA